CGUUUUUUACGACAGUUCAGGUCGGAAUGCGGCUCAGAAUGCCGGUGUGUUUGCGAUCCACGGCGUGUGUGUUUUCUGCUCUGGGGUUUAUCAGGAGGAGAAGUCAUUUGUUCCUCCGUCCUUUAACGGCAGCAGCGCAGUUACACACACAGACAAACGGCUCGUUUAGCCGUGCGUUAAAACCAAUCAACGCACCGGAAGUCACCGGCGUGAAGUCUGGGUUCUGGUCUGACGUUGGUGCGUCCACAAGGAACAUGUCGUCUUCAUCUAUGUCUCACAGGAUGGUGUGGGUGGACCUGGAGAUGACGGGUCUGGACAUAGAGAAGGACCAGAUCAUUGAAAUGGCCUGUAUCAUCACAGACUCAGACCUGAACGUUUUGGCUGAGGGACCGAACUUAAUCAUUAACCAGCCGGACGAGCUGCUGGACGGGAUGUCAGACUGGUGCAAGGAGCAUCAUGGGAAGUCAGGACUGACCCAGGCCGUACGGGACAGUAACGUCACCCUGCAACAGGCAGAGUACGAGUUCCUGUCCUUCAUCAGACAACACACCCCCCCGGGACAAUGUCCACUCGCAGGAAACUCUGUGCACGCAGACAAAAGGUUCCUGGACAAACACAUGCCACAGUUCAUGUACCACCUGCACUACAGGAUAAUCGACGUCAGCACCAUCAAGGAGCUGUGCAGACGCUGGUUUCCAGAAGACUACAAGAAGGCUCCUCUGAAGAGAGCCAGCCACAGAGCUCUGGGCGACAUCAGGGAGAGCAUCAAAGAACUGCAGUUCUACAGAACCAACGUGUUCAGAACGUCAGCAGAGGAGAAGAAACGGAAGAUUGUUGAGAACGGAGACAACAGGAGUUAACGCACGGGCGUGUACACACACACACACACACACACACACACACACCCCUGUGACGACAGGUCAGAUGUACUGACUGUUCCCAGUUGUCUUUAGGUGAACUGCAGAUGAACUGUUAAAACAUGUUAAAUAUUUAAGUUUAUGAAGGUCAACACGUCAGUGACCAGAGCUGGUUUGUUUUUUAUGAUGUGGAAAAGUCUGAGUUUGAUUUUGAGUUUUGAUUCUUUUUAAAAAUGAGUUCAAAUAAACUCAGAGAUUCCAGAGAAAAAUAUGUUUUUGAUGCUUUAAAAUAAACCAAAAUAUUAUUUAAAA